AUGGGCAACCACGAUGACUAUUAUUAUCAGUUAAGUCGACCUGGCGAGCGUGUAAGUGUUGCUAGCAGCGGUACACAAUGUUCCGAAUAUAGUCUUGGAGACAUUGAUGAAGUGUUGAUGAAAACUAUUGCACCUGCUCCCCCUGCUGUUGGCGUUCAACAGCAAGAUGGCGAGCAGGUGGCACCUGAUGUUAUUGCAGGAACUCCUGGUACUCCUGGAUCUCAAGAAUUGCCAAUCCAAGACGAAUUGGCUGCGUUUGUUCAGCAAGAUGCUAGUCGUAUAGAACGAAUAAAGAAACGAUACGGUGCAGCAGAAUCUAUAAACACUAACAACGCAAGUGGAUCUGAUGAUGAGCAUGAUGACUACGGCUUUAACAGACGUCCAUCAGUCCGGGGAAUCAAACCUAGAUUUGGAUCAACUACGGAAAUACUACAACAAAUGCAAACUCAGCUACAAUCACCGCCGUCUACUCUAACCAAGAAUCAACAUAUACAUCCACCAGCACAGCAUCAGCCCAUGCCCAUUCAAAAACAACUUCCUAAUCAACCACUACCGCAACCUGCUGGCGCUAAUGUUGCGGCAGCCGCUGCCCAACAACAAGCACAAUGGUAUUAUCAUUAUCAAGACCGAGAUGGUAAUCACAGGCAUAGUUAUCACCAGGAAGAGAAUAUGUACCAGAAUAUCUAUGAUCGCCAUCCACAUUAUGGUAUGCACCAUCAACAUCCUCAUCAACACCAUCCGAAUUAUACGGCAGCAAGGAGUCCUAGUCGGGGUAGACCUGAGUCUCCACCUCCUUUGAGAAAUUAUCACCAAACUAUGGUACUGAUACCAUAUAAUAAUCAAGAAGCAGGUUAUGUGCACCAGCCUCAUUAUUCAACAAAUGAAGUACAUGCAACGGAAAUGAGGAUGCAUGAUAGGACCCAAGAUAGAUAUAGGCGGUCGUAUCCAAUGAUGGAAUAUCACCAUCACCAACAGCAGUCUCUUAUUCACGUUGGCCAACAAAUGAUUCGUCUUCCUAUGCCUAACAAUUCUAAUGUGCUACCUCCUGGUAACGCCCCAACAGGUUACGCAUCUCCGAGCCAAGUUCAAUUACACUUAGUAACCGGACCUGGCCCUAGACCAGCGUAUCCUAUGCGAUACAGUGGACCGCAGCGACAAUAUUCCGACUCCCCUCCCGGUAGAAACAACAGCCUCAUAUUCAAACACUGCUGAGCAACAACAGCAACA